AUGGGCAGCUCAGCGUCAAAACCUCAACAGGAGGUCAAGACUUUUGUUCCGAACACUCCCGUGGAGUUCAGCUCUUCGCUAUUGGCGCAGCUGGACUCGUCGCUGGAAUCGGACUACACCAGACAGCAGUAUGCCGAAACAUACAUCCAGAAGCGGGUUUCUGCGGAGCUCAGCAAGCUGGAAAAAGAGUCACAAUUGAAAUUUGAUGAGGGAUUGAAGGAAGCAUUGACACCCAAGAAGGACACGUCGUCGGUGUCAGUAGCUGGUGUUAGCGACAAGAUCGAUAGAAUAACAGCAGCACUAGAUGCAAUUGAGAAGGCCAAACCGGUCAAAAGUGCGGAUCUCAAGGCUGCCGAGGCCAAGGUUGCUGAUUGUUUGAGAGACAACAAGGGCAAGCCACUUAAUUGUUGGGCCGAAGCGGAGGCUUUCAAGAAGUUGAGCAGUGCAAUUUAG